AUGGACGACGACGUCAUCGACGAGCGCAUGGCGGUGAUGCUGCUGUUGAUACUGGAGAGGAGGCGCGGGGCGCGAUCGCCCGCGGCGCCGUACGUCGAGGCCAUCCCCGCCAGGUUCCGCACCCCGCUGCACUACUCGGACGACGAGACUCGGGGUUUGUUAGGCACGAACCUUCACGCGGCGACGUCGCAACAGCGCAAGACGCUCGAGCUCGUCCUUCGCGAACGCGUGCGUCCCGCGGGUGCGAGGUUGUUUGCGGCGAUGCGGGCGUGGGAACGGGAGCGGCGCGGGUGGUUCGGUCGGACGUUCGUCGGCGGGUUCACGAGCGCGGGGAAAAUCACCGAAGACGAAUUCAGGUGGGCGUACUCUGCGUACUGGUCUCGCGCGCUCUCGCUGCCGAUAGGCGCGGACCCCAGCGCGCCGACCGUCGAGGCCAUCGUCCCCGGGAUCGACUUCGCCAACCACAGCUGCGGCGCGCCCAACGCCAGGUGGGAGGUGAGGGGCGUUCGAGGAGGGGCGCCCGACCCUAACGACCCGAGCGGAUCGGGCCCGAGGGUCGAGUUGCUCGGCGAAUUUGGUUCGUUACCGGCGCCGGGCGAGGAGGUGGUGAUAUCGUACGGCGAUAAGACCAACGAGGAGCUCCUGUUCGUGCACGGGUUCGCGGACCGGGAUAACCCCCACGACGCGCUCGUGCUGCAGCCCCCUUGGGCCGUGGUCCUUCCCGCGGUGCCCCCCGCGCGGGGCCUCGCGGGCCUCGACGAGACAACCGUCGAUACCCUGACGCUGUGGGGCCUGUCCCCGAAAGCGCUCGAGUACGAGCUCCACGCGGAGGCGGCGUCCGAGCGGAGGGUUGACGAGGUCGUCGCGGCGGACCCGUUGGCGCCGCCGGUUGUCAAGGCGGCGGCGGUGUACCGCAGCGGGGUGGCGAGGAUGACGAGGAGGUACGCAAACGAGGCGGCGAGGUGGAAGUGA